AUGGCCGCCAUCAGUAUAAAUACCCCGGGAAACGGCCUCGUCUACAACACGUUCCUGAAUUCGCAGCUCUCUACGCCGCGGCUCUGCAUCACCUCAGAGGAGGGAGAGUUUGACACGGAGACCAUCCGGAACUGGCAAAAUGAGGGCUUCGAAGUUACAUAUGUGCCGCUGGACGGCGGUGGGAAGGAAUAUGCAGCUCGUUUGGAGAGUAUGAAGGAGGGCUUGAGGGUUGGGGAGCAGUAUGCUAUUAUCGCCUACGGACAUGCGGCGUCUUUCUGUCUCGAUCACUUUCACAAACCUACCACGGGGGCCCGACUAACGGCCCUCGUCGCGUAUUAUCCCACUGCUAUCCCUGAUACCCGUACAAAAUUCCCGCCCAGUCUAAAAGUUCUGGUUCACCUUGCCGGCGAGAGCGUCGAUGUGGUUACCACGCCACAGGUGCUGGGCAUCCAGGGACGCAAGAAACGCGUAACCAGACGCCGGAUUGACACUGGAGUUGGUAUUGGCGAACGCAAGGACAUUUCCUAUACGGCGUUUACGUAUGACUUUGCGGACCCAGGGUUUGCUGAGCACGACUUGGAUGAGUAUGACCAUGCAUCGGCUGAGUUGGCUUGGUCGAGGACUUUGGAUGUUAUGCGCAAGGCGUUCCGUAAGGAUGCGGAUUUGGAGCGGCCGUGGGAGAUUAACACGGAAAGCAAACUCUUUACUGACAAUCUGUCUCAAACUAUGGAAACAUAUGUAACCCACAAGAACCCCGCAGUCACUUUCGGCCCAACACUCGCCGGUGGCAUCGGAGCCAAAGCCCUGCGACGCUUUUACGAGAACGACUUUCUACAAACCAAGCCCCCAUCCAUGAGAUUGCGACUCUUGUCUCGCACGGUCGGAGCAGAUCGAGUCGUCGACGAGAUCUAUACCAGUUUUGAGCACACCGUUGAAAUGCCCUGGAUGCUGCCUGGUGUGCCACCUACUGGUAAAAGAGUGGAAUUGAUCCUUGUGGCGAUAAUUUCUCUCAAAGCAGAGAGGAUCUUUACAGAGCAUCUGUACUGGGACCAAGCUAGCGUCCUAGUGCAAGUAGGCUUGUUGGACCCCAAAUUGCUCCCGGAGGGAGCUGGAGCAGUCAAGACGCUGCCCGUAACUGGCCGAGAGGCUGCUCGGCGUAUUCUGGGCGAAUAUCCUGCGCGCGGUGACGAAUAUCAUAAGACAUUAAUUGCCAGCGCUAAGACUCCUGCCGGUAAAAAGUCAAGACAGUCGACUCCGAAACCUUCCAAUCGAAACCAGUCAUCAGCAAGCAUUGAGAAUAUCGAGCAGCGGAAUGUAGGGACUAGUGUUAACGGCAAAGAUACCGGCGAAUCAUCGAACGCCAAUGGCAGUAGUGGGAAGAGGACACCCAAGAAAUUAGGCACUUCAAAGGAGGGCAAAGGAAAGGCCCCAGAAGGUAAGAUCAAUGACUUCCAGAAUAGAGAAGUGCCCGAAGGCAGCGAGGGUAAAGAAGGUGAUGGUUCUGCGGAUGCUGAAAGUGAAGCUGCUCCGCCGGUGAGACCGAUGGGUGCGCAGGUCGAAUCUGAUGGUGAGUGA